AGCACCUUCAGAUCCACCGGGAAGCCCUGGAGACCCAAGAUGCACGCUGAAGAUGGUUCUGGAACCGAGGAUAGCUCUUCACUGCACCUGGAGAGAGCGGCAGAAAGCCGCGUCCCCCACGCCCACGGCGGGUCCGGAGCCGAAGGAUCCAUCCGGGUGCCCAUCCCCGUGGCUGCCGCGUCCGUGGCCUUCACCACCGCCCUCAUCAUCGCCCUGGUCGCGCUGUCCGUGGGCAAGUACAACUGCCCGGGCCUCCCCGAGCUGGCCGCGCCCGCAGACCACCAGGAUUCACCCUGCUCCCCUGAGUGGGUUGCCCACCAGAGGAAAUGCUACCUCGUCUCCACCACGAGAGAACCCUGGCCCUCGGCCCGAAGCUCCUGCUCCAAAGAUGGCGCUGCUCUUGCUGUCCUGGACUCUCCAAAGGACCUGACCUUUCUUCAACGCUAUGCUGGCAGUGCUCCACACUGGAUUGAGCUGAAAAAUCACGCAGGGCAGAAAUGGAGGGGGCCCAAUGGCAAGGAGGUUAUCAACAGGUUCAACCGUACAGAAUCGGAGCGGUGUGCGUUUCUCAACAGCACAGAUGUGGGUCAGAUGGACUGUCAGGAGAGACUGCCGUGGAUUUGCAGCAAAGACAUCAGAUAACAAAGGAAGUCGCGGGGUAUGGUGGCUCACGCCUGUAAUCCCAGCUGCUCAGGAGGCCGGCGCUAC